UUUAUUUAUUUAUUUAUAAGCUCCGUUAAGCGCGCGAGCCUGUGAGGCGCUUUGCGCGCUUUGGCCUGCACGGGAGCGCGCAGUGAGUCGGGAGCGCGCGGGAGCGAGCUGAGCGGCGGAGUGAGUGAGGAGAGCUGCGGAGCGCGCGGGCGGCGGGCGAGAGUGUUCGCGGGUCUCGCGCUGCGCCGGGGUCGGAAUGAGUGUACUGUCGCCGUGCGCGGGACUGUGUGUGUGUGCGUGUGUGUUCGAGGUGAUCGGUUGUAAUUUUUUGAGCUGAGCGAUGCAUAGCUGCAGGAGUGUGAGUUAGUGUAUGAGUGUGAGAGAGUUAGUGUGUCAGAGUGUGUGUGUGUGGAGGGGGUGCGGGAGGCAUGGACGUGUUUGGACGCUGAGCGCGCGCACACUGGAUAUUAUUAAUAUAUAUAAUAUUAUUAUUAAUAAUAAGAAGAAAUUAUAAUGUACGCCGGGCGGAAGAGGAGGAAACCCGCGCAGAGAGCGGUGAAGGCUCCUCCGGUGGAGGGUGUGAAGUCGAACCCCUCAAAGCGUCACCGGGAUCGUCUGAAUUCAGAGCUGGAGCGACUGGCCCGCCUGCUGCCCUUCCCAGAGGAGGUCACGUCCAGCCUGGACAAGCUGUCCAUCCUGCGCCUCAGCGUCAGCUACCUGAGAGCCAAGAACUUCUUUGCAGUCGCCCUCAAGAAAUACACAAAUGGGAGUAACCAUGACAAGAAUAAAGAUACUGGAUUGGUGGAUGGAUGGCUGUCAGAGGGGGAGCUGAUUCUGCAGGCUCUCAGUGGGUUUGUUCUGGUGAUUACAUCAGAGGGGAUCAUAUUCUACGCUUCUCACACAAUUCAGGAUUACCUGGGAUUCCAUCAGACGGAUAUAAUGCACCAGUCUGUGUUUGAGCUGAUUCAUACAGAAGACCAGCAGGCCUUUAGACGGAAUCUGCACUGGGCCCUCAACCCUCCACCUGCUGCAGCUCAAACCCAUGACUCUCCACAAGAUGGAGAGAGCGUGUCCAGCACAGCUCUGGUAGCCUACAACCCCGACCAGCUUCCACCUGAAAACUCCUCCUUCCUGGAGCGGAGCUUCGUCUGUCGCUUCCGCUGCCUCCUCGACAACUCCUCAGGGUUCUUGGCUCUGAACAUCCAGGGGCGUCUGAAGUUCCUCCACGGGCAGAACAGGCGAUUGGAUGAUGGUGGUCAGGUCCCACCCCAGCUGGCGCUGUUUGCUGUAGCCACGCCCCUGCAGCCACCGUCCAUUUUGGAGAUCCGCACCAAGAACAUGAUCUUCAGAACCAAGCACAAGCUGGACUUCACCCCCAUGGCCUGUGAUGCCAAGGGUAAGAUUGUUCUGGGCUACACUGAGGCAGAAUUAAGAGUCAGAGGCACUGGAUACCAGUUCAUCCACGCAGCGGAUAUGUUGUACUGUGCGGAGAACCAUGUCAGAAUGAUCAAAACUGGAGAAAGUGGCCUGACUGUCUUCCGACUCCUGACUAAAGAGAACCGCUGGAAAUGGGUGCAGGCCAAUGCCAGGCUUGUGUACAAGAAUGGCAAACCUGACUACAUCAUUGCUACACAGAGACCACUUGGAGAGGAAGAAGGAGGCGAGCAUCUAAGGAAACGUUCCAUGCACCUCCCUUUCACCUUUGCCACAGGGGAGGCUUUGCUGUACCAGACCAGCUGCCCCGUUCCUGGCUUUUCAGACAACAUGGUAACCAAAGGCAAGAGUGGCAGAGCCAAGAAGGGAAAGGGGGAGAAAGGCUGUAAAGAUGCAGUGGACCCCAGUUCUCUGCUAGGGGCAAUGAUGAGGCAGGAUGAGUCGGUAUACGUCUGCCAACCAGCAGUGGAGCCCAAACUACCUUACCAUAACAGUCUGUUCAGUGAGCAAGGACAAAUUAGCGAUAUCUCUGCAAGUAGCGAUUUGCACUGGGACUCUAUGCCAGGCAACAAAACUGGAGGAUCCAAGCCAGACUUCUUAAGUUUUGACCCACUGCUUUCCACAUUGGACUCUCUAACCCUGGACGGAGAGGAGAGCUGCUCCAACAGUGAACUGUUCAACGCACUGGAAAACCUUGGCUUGAAUGCUGAGGAUCUGGAGCUUCUUCUCCUGGAUGAAAGGAUGAUCCGGGUGGAAAUGGAGCCAGGCUACAUCCCAUCCCUCAACGACCUCCUCACCAAUAAUGAGAUUCUGUCCUAUAUCCACGAUUCGCUUGAGAAUCGGACUGUGGAUUCUACCAGCGAUGGAAAUGGUCUAGUACCAGUACCCGUCCCAGAUCUUCUGGACUCUGUUCAGGGUUCUUCUGAACCCUUUGUUCCCACCCCUGACCCUUGUCCUGUUACAGACCCAAACCCUUCUGCAGUGUCAAGUUCGUACCUUCCCUACCACAUGCCUAAGCAACCGUCUCCCAUUCUACAACUCCCACAACAGAUGCAGCAGCAUCUACGAGCUCAGUCCCUGAGCAACAAAUGCCAUACCUGGAUACCUGAGCCACAGAGUAGUGAGACCAGUGCAGUCAGCUUCCCUCAGAACAGCUCUGCAAUUGUUAAAGCAGUAACUGGGGUUCACAAUGGUCACUGGAUUCCUCAGUACACACAGGCAAGUUUGGAUAACUCCACUGAGGUCAAUGGUAAGCUGCAUAAGCCCAACAAACUGCAGCAACAUUGGCAAGAGGGACAGUUGCAGUCUCACUGCUGCAACAAACACAAGCCUACGGAUGGAGGCGGCCAUCAAAACGGAAUCUAUAGCGCUCCCCAGUGGCAGGGGUACAGCUACGUAGACCAGGCAGAUCCCUCAAGCAAUGGACCUGUAGAUAAUGCGCAUGUGGAUUACAGUAUGGCCACCGGGUCAGGGGUGGAGUUUACAAUGAGUACAAAUACUAGUUCAGUAGGUGACGUAUGUCAGUUUCAAGGUGUCGUGGCAACAUCCUCAUCCUUUCAACAGGUUUAUCAGAAGCAGCAACAGCCAAAGGUCCCUCCUACAUAUUACCCAUACACCAAUCAGAACUCCUCACUGGAGCAUAUCUUGGUAUUAGCCCCGCCUCAAGAACUCCCGUCAUUGGAUGCCUAUAACAUGUACGACUCCACGCCAGUCCACAACAACACCCACAGCAAGACAGAAAACGGCUGCGUCCUCAGCUCCAGCAGUGUGGCCUACGCAGGAAGCUGCCUGAUACCCAAUGGCAACGUGGCGACCGCGCCCGACAACAGCCCCCUCCCCUGCACAGAGCCCCUCCCACCAGUCCCUGAUUCACAGACCACUGGCUUCUAUCUCUAACCCCUCUGUCCCUGAAUACACAUUAUGGACCAAUCAGCACAAACCUUUCCCGGGCGGGUGGAUGCCGGAAAAACUGAUUGAAGGUUGAAUUGAGAGAAGAUUUAAAAAAUGAAUCGUACAGAAAAAACGCCGCCCCCUUGUGUUUCACUGCUUGAAAUAAUGGAUGAUGUAUCUUGAAUGAACCCAAGUGAGCUGAGUGAAAAAAAGGAACUACAGUGUUGGGUUAUCAAAGGUCGUACCGUGUUGACCUCUGAAGGACUGAAGGAAUAUCAAGCUAGCGACGAUGCAGUGUUGUUGGAGACAGUAUUGGUGAGUGUGUGUCAGUGCAGUGUGCGCUAACCUGUGUGUGCAGCAAGUGUGUGUUUGAUGUCUGUAAACAGUGGUGACGAGAGCUAGGCGACUGUUAGCAUUUAGCUUCAGUGAAACUUGUCAAAUGAAACGAUUGUUGGAACGGCAGUACGUAAGUAAGUGUUCACCGUGGAAAUGUGGCAUGUAUCUUAAUUUAUUUCUCAGAGAGUUAGCUUCAUGCUAGAGCUAAACUUUGCGCUGAUUUGCUUCACAGUUCUGAUUUUACAGCCUGGUGCAUUCCAGACACCCGUCCAUGUUAAAAAAAAGAAAAUAUCAUCAGGUGUCUUCUUCAUAAGCAUUUCUCUAGACAAGAAAAGGCCUUGUUGUGAAGCCCUUCUCUGUCAGGAACACGCUUUCUCAUUAGCAUGCUAAUCUGAGAGCAGGCUUUCACCUUCUCAGAUUGGCUGUCUGAAAUCAAAACCAAAUGUGAGAACAGUUCAUCUGAAGAGAUUCUGUAGCUAAGACUGGAAGACUGCAUUGUUGAAUGUGUCAUAUAUAUAUAUUUACAAAGAAAUAAACAAACAAAAAGAUUAAAAGACUAUUUCAAACCGGUGCUGCAAAGUUGUUAUAUUAGUAGUGUUACUGUAGUGGUAUUAUAAAGUCACAGAAAAUGAAUUACUAGUGUGAUCUGAGUUAAAUUGAUCUACCUAAUGCGCCAACAGUGUUAAAAAAUGUUUACAAAAAUCCCAUUCAGCCCUCAUAAUUAACUGUAGCUCUGCCUCCUCAGUGUAAAUUAUAGUGUCUGUAUUUAGAGUUUUAUUAAUUUUAUUAAUACACUCACUGGCGAUUUUAUUAGGUACACCUGUUUAACUGCUUAUUAACGCAAAUUUUGAAUCAGCCAAUCACAUGGCAGUAAUUCAAUGCAUUUAGGCAUGUACACAGCCAAAGCGAUCUGCUGCAGUUCAAACCAUCAGCGCAUCAGAAUGGGGAAGAAAGGUGAUUUAAGUAGUUUUGAACGUUACAUGGUUGUUGGUGCCAGACGGGCUGGUCUCAGUAUUUCAGAAACUGCUGAUCUCCUGGGAUUUUCACACACAUCCAUCUCUAGUGUUUACAGUGAAUCAUGUGAAAAAGAGAAAAUGUGAGUUGCAGUUCAGUUCUGUGGGAGCAAAUGCCUUGUUGAUGCCAGAGGUUAGAGGAGAACGACCAGACUGGUUCCAGCUGAUAGAACGGCAACAGUAACUCAAAAAAUAACCACUUGUUACAACCGAGGUCUGCAGAAGAGCAUCUCUAAACAACAGCAUAACACGUCAAAUCUUGAGGUGGAUGAUGAGCUACAGCAGCAGCAGAAGAUACACCGGGUGCAGCUCCUGUCAGCUAAGAACAGGAAACUGAGGCUAUACACUGUUCAUACAUUUCUGCUGCAACAUUUGGAUGGUAGGGUCAGAAUUUGGCUUCAACAACAUGGAUCCAUCCUGCCUUGUAUCAACGGUUCAGGCUGGUGGUGGCGAUGCUGAAAUGGUGUGGGGGAUAUUUUCCUGGCACACUUUGGGCCCAUUAGUACCAAUUAAGCAUUGUGUCAACGACACAGCCUACCUGAGUAUGGUUGCUGACCAUGUCCAUCCCUUUAUGACCACAGUGUACCUGUAUCUUCUGAUGCUACUUCCAGCAGGAUAAUGCGCCAUCUCAUAAAGCACGAAUCAUCUCAGAUUGGUUUCUUGAACACCGGAAUGGCCUCCACAGUCAUCAGAUCUCAAUCCAAUAGAGCAGCUUUGGGAUGUGGUGGUAAGCAAGAUUCACAUCAUAGAUGUGCAGCCGACAAAUCUGCAGCAACUCCAGACCAGACUCUCUAAGGAAUGGUUCCAGUACCUUGUUGAAUCUGAAGGAUUAAGGCAGUUUUGGGGGCAAAAGCGGGUCCAACCCAAUACUAGCAAGGUGUACCUAAUAAAGUGGCCAAAAACAGUGUGUAAGACUGGUGGAGGAGAACAUGCCAAGAUGCAUAAAAACUAUGAUUAAAAACCAGGGUUGUUCCACCAAAUAUUGAUUUCUAAUGCAAUAGAUUUCUAAUGUCCCUAGUUUAUAGGAAAAACAACAAUAUACAAUAAUUUUACUCAAACAUAUACCUAUAAAUCCCAGAGCUGUAUAUUAAUAACACUCUAAAUGUAGGUAUUGUGAUAUACACUAAGGAGGUGGAGCUACAGUCUCUCAGUAGGGCUGAAUGGGGCCUUCCUUGAUUAUGUUCUGUAAAGUAAAAGGACACAUUUGUGGGCGAAGUUUGGAGAGGUCAGUUCCACUCAGAUUUUAGCUUAAUGCACAAGUCCAGUACGUCCUGUGGGAGCUGAUUGGACAAGGGUGUUUUUUUUACUGUGUAAGCUUGUUUUGUUUUUUAAUACACACACAUAUAUAUAUAUAGUACAUGAGAAGUUGGAUUAAAUUGUGUCACACAGAUGAAAGAAAAUAAUGUAUCGGAGAAAGGUUUUAAAUAUACUUGCGUUGUAAAUAGUUUUAAGUGAUUUUUUUUGUAUUACUUUUUUUUUUUGCCAGCACUAUUUUAAAGAGCACUGUUAUAGUACGAUUUCUCCAGCACAAGACUUUUAGACUCGUAGAGGGGCUUUGAGAUGAACAAUGCUGUAUUAAAGUACCCAUCUGUACUGUGUUUCAUUUCUGUUUUUAAAGAGAAAAUUUAUUUGGGGUAAAUAAAGAAAACAUGGUGCCAUAAAUGGUAUUUCACUUUCCAGAGUUUAAACGCUCUACGUUCAGUGUUGUCCAUGUCAGGUCUUUUUUUUUUUUUAAAGAAAUACUUAAUAAAGAUAAAAAUCACAACUGAAUUGAUUUUAUUAUGCUAACACAUGGUGUUGGUAGAGCCAAUACAUAUGCAGUUUUUAUCUGUUUGUCUUUUGACUGCUCGUUGAAGUGUGUAAUUGAUCCUGGAAUUAAAAGGAGUUGUGCAAUCACUAA